AUACUUCAGCGCAGCGAAGCGAAGGACUAGAACACAGGGAAAGAAAACCGGAAGUCUAAGAUCUUUCACCUCGUCGGACUGAUCAUUUGUCCAAAGAGAGAAUCGCAAUUUGAAGGGGGAGUUUCAUCGGUCACAAGGACUUCCGGCGCACGCUGACGACACGGCACAUCCUCCAGAUAACCAUGACACGAGGCAACACUGCGAGGCCGGAGGCAACUUGGUGGCUAGCCAACUUGCCACCUUACAGAGAACACUGCUCCAGAGCACAGCAGCCGCCGCCAGCCAGGCACGGCUCAGCGCGCUUCGUACACCACACCAAGAUGCCAGGGGCGCACGCGUACGAGCGGCUUGUAAAGGCGUUUUGCAAGCGGUACACCGGAGAGUGGACGAAGCAGAAAAUUCAGGACGAGUACAAUGCGACUUGGCGGGAGAUGAAGGCUAACUUCAAAGGCGCGGAGCAGCUGAACAACGCCGUGACGGAGAAGGUCAAGGAACUGGAGGAAGCCAUCACCGCCAAACGUGCGAAGCUGCUCACGUUGCUGGCCAAGGGAGCGAAACGGCAGCGAUUGGAUGGAGCUCAAGACCCACUGGUGGCAGAAGCAGGGGAUGCCGAGGCGUCCUUUGUUGGUGCUGACGAUUCUCACGACGACAAACCCGUUGAAAUUGGUGCGCAGCUAGCAACAGGUGACGCGUGUCCAGUCAUUCUCAACGAUGACAGCGACGGCGCUGGAGACAGUCCGGUGUCUUCCACGCGCGCUCCGCGCCAGGAGGCCCUCAAAUCGGAAAUCUCUCUGCUCCAAUCGAAGCUGGACGGCCUGGUGCGGCGACGUGAUGAGUUGGCGGACCCUGAAGUCGAAGGAGAAAUACGGGAAACUCGCUUACUUAUCGACAAGAAGCAGAAGGAAUUGAAGCAUAAGCAGGCUUGUGCCAUGCAUGCGAGGGAAUUCAGAAAGAGGCAGCGUGCUUUGUUGAUGGAGCUGCGAAAGAUGAACGCAGACGCGUCGAGCACGCCAGUCGAUCUGUCAAUUGGGAGUGGCUGAACCAAGGUGCUCCUUUCGAGGAGGACGUGUAGAAACUCGGAAGUGACCAACUUUUUGAUUCGUGUUGUCUUAUUCUAUUUUGACUUGACCUUUGUAUGGUUGCAUCUUUUUCGAGUUACGCAUUGAAUAAUUUGUGUUUCGAAGUGAAGAAUAUCUCAACUCUUUGCUAUUUCAUGUUAAUUUGGAUAUAUUUCAGAAUAUAUUACCUGUAUGUGUGAACUGUCUGAAUUGAAGAUUAUCUCAACAUUUUGCUAUUUCAUGUUUAUUAGAAUAAAAUUCAGAAUAUAUUACCUGUAUGUGUGA